AAAUAAUUUAAGUUUUACAACCUAUCGUAAGCGAGUCAUCCCUUUAUCAGACAUUAUAAAGUGAUUUGGAACAAUAGAUUUGUUAUCGGUAUAUUUAAAUUGAUAAAACGUAUUAAAUUUACAAUAAGAUUAUGCUGAUUUUUUUUUAUCUUAUUACCGAUAAAAUAACGUUAUUUUAGUUGAAAAUUUUCUCUUCUUACAAAUAAAAUAAAAAAGGGAAAAUGACUAUUCGUCAUCACGUAAAAGGAUACGAUGAUUUCGUUAAAUUUUUUGAAAAUUUAAAAACUGAAGAACCAGUCUUUGUUUUAUAUACAGGAGCAAAGCUUGAAAAUGGUCAAAGUUGGUGUCCCGAUUGUGUGGAAGCGGAGCCAUUUAUAGAAGCCGGAUUAAAAACACUCCCUGAGAAGUCCCAUUUUGUCGAGGUUCAAGUAGGAGAUAGAGCAUUCUGGAAGGAUCCUAAUUGCGUAUUCCGUAAAGAUAAUAAAACUCAAUUGAAGGUGCUACCAACAUUGGCUUUAUGGGGAACUCAGAAACGUUUACAAGGUAGUGAGUGCCAAAGCGAAGUACUUCUUGAUAUGUUAUUUACAGAAAAAGACGAUUAAACUUGUUUAUUUUACAUAUA